GCGGAACUCAGCCAGACUCACCAUUUCUCGGUUUUCCAUCAAGAAAUCAACAUGUCAGCACGUCAGACCCAAUCAGCGGCCAAUGCCCAUGUCAAGAUAUCACCCGCCCAUGGCGUCCAAGCGGUCUCGGGAUUGGACGAAGAGAUGAAGAUCACCAUGCUAGGCGCCGGUCAAGAGGUCGGUCGAAGUUGUUGUGUGAUCGAGUACAAGUCCACGACGGUUGUUUGUGAUACUGGUAUCCACCCUGCAUUUAGUGGAAUGGCAGCUCUCCCGUUCAUCGAUGAGAUUGACUGGAGUUCCGUGGACGCAAUUCUAAUUACACAUUUUCACCUAGAUCAUGCCGCAUCAUUAACUUACAUCAUGGAAAACACCAACUUCAAGGAGGGCCACGGCAAAGUGUUUAUGACCCACCCCACCAAAGCCGUCUACAGAUUUUUAAUGCAAGAUUUUGUGAGGAUGAGUACGAUUGGGACCGAUAGUGAAUUAUUCAAUGAGGAACAGAUGAUAGCCUCGUAUGAUUCGAUCAAUGCAAUUGACUAUCAUCAAGAGAUUUCACUGGGAUGCCUGCGAUUUACCUCGUAUCCCGCCGGGCACGUUUUGGGCGCCGCGAUGUUUUUAAUUGAGAUUAGCGGGAUUAGGGUUCUAUACACCGGGGACUACUCCACUGAGGAAGAUCGUCAUCUCAUUCCAGCACGGGUCCCAAAUUGGAAUGAAAAACCAGAUGUUAUGAUCUGUGAAUCUACCUAUGGGGUCCAGAGUCUCGAACCCCGAUUCGAGAAAGAAGAAAGAUUUACAACGCUGGUCCAAAGCAUUCUGAAGAGAGGGGGUCGCGUGUUGAUGCCGGUCUUUGCGCUGGGAAGAGCUCAAGAGCUGCUGCUUAUCCUAGACGAGUACUGGGCUAACCAUCCUGAGUUGAACCAAAUUCCAAUCUACUACAUUUCUAACCUGGCGGCAAAAUGUAUGAAGGUUUAUCAGACGUUUAUCCAUGGAAUGAAUGAUCAAAUCAAGCGCAAGUUCAAUCAAGGGAUAAAUCCCUGGACAUUUUAUCGCGAGGGAAAAGGUGUAUUCAAAAAGGGCUAUGUCACCAACUUGAAAGCCAUUGACAAAUUUGAUGAUCGAGGUCCAUGUGUCGUUAUGGCAAGUCCAGGAUUCAUGCAAAGCGGUGUGAGCAGAGAACUGUUGGAGCGAUGGGCGCCAGAUCGUCGGAAUGCCCUGUUAGUCACAGGAUAUUCAAUUGAAGGGACUAUGGCUCGAGAGAUGCUCAAAGAGCCCAAUGAAAUCAUCGGAAUGAAGGGAAACAAAAUCCCUCGUCGACUCGAUGUUCACUAUAUUUCAUUUUCAGCCCACGUGGAUUACACUCAAAAUGCUGCAUUCAUCGAUCAAAUCAUGCCCACUCAUCUGGUACUCGUUCACGGGGAAUUGAACAAUAUGACUCGAUUGAAAAACGCGCUCAAGGAUAAAUACACGUUGAAGAAAAGUGACAUCCAGAUCCACACACCGCGCAAUGUGGAAACUCUUCGGUUGACAUUUCAAGCCUCAAGGAUUGCACGGGCCAUCGGUUCUUUGGCUGAGGACACAGCACCUUUGGCCGGCUCGAGUCUCUCUGGGAUCUUAGUUUCGAAAGAUGCUGCGUACACAUUGCUUUCACCUGCCGAUCUUAGAGAGUAUACCGGCCUCUCGACGAGCACCAUUCUGCAGAAGCAAAAACUGAUCAUCAACGUUGGAUGGGAAACGGUUCGGUGGCACUUGAAUGGGAUGUACGGCGGCAUUAUUGAGGGACUCGAUGCUGAGGGAGUUUUGACGUUUCGGGUGAUGGAAACCGUAGACAUCAAACAGGUCUCGGUCAACCAAAUGACGCUCGAAUGGGUCGGAAGUAUAGCAAAUGACAUGAUUGCGGAUUCGGUCUUGGCUCUUCUUCUGGGCAUAGACCAAAGUCCCGCAUCCAUCAAACUUUCAGCACCUCAUCAUCAUUCACAUAACCACGAGUCACAUUCCUCCCCGGAAGAAAAAAAGCAAGAUAUCAAACCAGUCUCUUCUCUCCAGGAGGAGCGAGACCGUGAGGCGCACUCGCUACUGGCGAAAAUUGAUCGUCUCAUCGGAUUCCUCAGCGUCUAUUUCGGGGACGUCAAGCUCUUAGAAGCCGAUGAUGAUCAUCCUCAUCCCAGGGCCACAGUCCAUCUGGACGAAGUUUGUGCUCAAAUAUCUCUGGAUGACUUUACGGUCGAAUCGGAUUCGGAAAGCUUCAAAGCACGUGUCACCAGUGUCGUGGAUAUGGCAAUCGAGAUUGUGGCGCCUUUGAAUGAAAUCUUGUCUGCUUCUCAUCAUCACCACCAUCGUCCUCCCACAUCGUCAACCAGCAUCGAAAAAAAUGUGAUCUGUUCAUCAUGAACCCUCCUAUUUUUUUCUCUUUCCCAGGAAUUCACUAAGAUGUUCCUGAUGGAUUUUUUGUUGAUUCUCUGAGAUCAAAAGAUUUUAUGUUCUCAAUAUUCCCAGCACUUUCAAGGCAAUGAAGACAUGAAUAAUCUCAAAAGAAUGCUGUAUAC